UUGGUUAAGGUGUAUCGAAUCGUCGGUUACGCGGCCAUAGCCGUCUCAUGCGUUGCCGUUCUAUCCGUCUCAGCGACAUUACCGAUUCUCUACCUCUACGUGAACAAUGUCAAAACGACGAUGAAGCAGGAAAUGGCCGCAUGCCGUAUGACAGCCAAUACGGUCUAUGCCGAUGCGGCAGCAUUGCAUGCUAUUCCAGCCAAUCGAACAGCUCGUGAAGCGACCUACGAAACCACCGGAGGAUGCGGUGGUUGUUGCUUACCCGGAGCGCCUGGUAUGGAAGGUCGACCUGGACGGCCGGGUGCUCCAGGAAAUCCAGGGCUGCCUGGUAGACCAGGAACUCCAGGACGACCCCCACAAGCGCCAUGCGAACCAAUAACUCCUCCCCCAUGCCCACCAUGUCCUCCAGGUCUUCCAGGCCCACCCGGGCCACAAGGCAUACCGGGAAACCCAGGCCCUAUAGGAGAUCCAGGAACUCCUGGACCAGUUGGCGAAGCUGGGCCUCCAGGUGAUAAAGGUCCACCCGGACUGCCUGGACUGAUGGGAAGACCUGGAAGUAACGGGGAUCCCGGUGAAGAUGCUAUGAAUGGAACACCGAUUCCUGGGCCUCAGGGACCACCCGGCCCGCCCGGGCCACCAGGUUUCCAAGGUCCUCCAGGCAAAAACGGACAGGAUGGUGCGCCUGGACUUGAUGGAGUGAAAGGACCCCUUGGACCGCCAGGUGAACCGGGACCAGCUGGACAACCAGGAUUGCCGGGAAAGCCUGGUGCGCCUGGUAAGAAUGGCGAACCAGGCAUCUGCCCGAAGUACUGCUCGCUGGAUGGUGGUGUUUUCUUUGAAGAAUCAUGA